AUGGGCUGCGCCGGCUCCGCGGCCGCGAAGUACGAGCCAAAGUGCUCGGAGGAGGGGCAGGCUGUCCAGGCUGAGCCUUGUGGCGAGUGGCGCGUGGAGGAGUCAGCCAACGAGUGGACUCCCAUCGCUCAGGACGUCGGGAAGCAGCUCCUGGAUGCUUUCUAUGGCGGUGAGCUGGAGGCUGUGUACUCCACAGAGGAGGGCUCCUACCAUGUGGACUUUUACAACCAGUUGCAGACACACCAUGAGACCGGGAGGCAGUGCCGCAUUGCGUGGUUUGGUGCGGAAGAGACUGCGGCAGAGGAGCCGACGCGUCCCGAGGUGUAUUUGGGUGGCGAAUGGCUUAUAGAGGAGGAGGGCGCCUGGCGAUGUCUGGACCCGGAGAUCUCGGCGCAGCUGCUGGUGGCGUGGUACUGCGGGGAGCAGCUGCUGCACUACGAGCUCCAGGGUCGGUCCUAUGAAGUGGACCUCACCGUGUGGGAGCAGAAAGAUGUGGAGACUGGCCAGAGGCGGCGCAUCGUUUGGAACUCCAGCGAUCCCGAUGAUGCCAGAGGAUCGGUCGCUUCCACCGAUGCAAGCGAAGAUGCGCCGGAUGUACCACCUUGGCUGGAUCCCGGAGAGGAGGCAGAGCGGCAACUCUUCGCCGCGUUGGAGUCCAAGCAGCCGGUGGUGCGCUACAUGGUCAACGGAUGCGAGUUCGAAGUCGACACGGUGAACAUGAUCCAGACGAAUCUGAGCACGGGCGAGCGCUGGAUGAUCGCUGUGGAGGGAGAGGCCUUGGGCCUUGGGCUGAUUCGCGGGAGCCGGAGCCGGGCUGUAGGCCGGAGCAUGGAACCGGCGAUGCGCAGGCACGGUUGA